GCUUCGUUGGAUGUGUGGUUGCAUUCCAUCCGCGUUUGUUGAUCGGGGUCCGGCUUGAGUCCUCGUUGUCUUUUAUCCGAGCGGGACUUAUUUCGUGAGCCUCAGCAAACAACUCCACCACGACAACAUGGCCAUCUUCUCGAGCGUCUUCAAGUUUGGCAAUCGUGCCUCUCGGACAAUGGUUGCAUCGCACGACGAGGACGGCAGCCCUGACAGCCAGGUUGGCGAAGCUCUGCUCAAAGGCGAGCACGAUUACAGCAGCGGUGAAAGUCCGCCACCGUAUCGACGCAAACCCGGGCGUGCCGUUGGUUUUGCAGGCUUCGCUGCUGGCAUCGCCGUUGCUACUCUCCUCUUUGGCCUUCUCACCCUGUGUUUCUCCUGGCACAUGGCCACGCUCAAAGCCCAAAACUGUCCAACGGAAGUGCGGGAGAUGCAACAAACGAGCAUCAUGGCCACUGGGACAUCGAACUUUGCGGAGGAUCCCGAAACUUCCGAAUCGGAUGUCGAUGUGGCCAUUUUUGCCGGCUGGAAAGACUGUGGCUCCAGCGUGGAAGAAGCCCGAGCAAAAGGCUGCUUCUUCGAUGUCAUGCUCCAUUCCUGGGUCCACGAAGAUUGCUUUGACAAGGAGCUCAUGGACGACUAUCUCACCAAGGUCCCCUAUCAUUGGUAUCGGGACUGGAGGCACAAAGAAGAAAUCACAGUGGAGGAGAUGAGACUCGGCGAGCAUGGCAGUGCUGCGGUGAAGUUGGAGGAACACGGCACGCACUGCGCCUACGUGCUGGAGAAGAAUCUGAGGGCCAUUAUGAAUGGAAAGGCUGUCGCUCGUUCGAUCUAUUCCGUCAAGCAUGCGGUGCACUGCAUUGGGCUUCUGGUCGACCCCAGUAAGAUCCCAGGCAUCUACACGGAGGUUGUCGUGGAAUACGAUCAAUGUGGCAUUCCGCAUUUUGACUAGAGUAGUGGAUGAAAGUCGAUAGUCGGUGUUGAACGAAGGAUGCGGCGUAGGCAGAGUCUCAAUCUCAAUCAACU